AUGCGCUCCUUUGCAACUCUCGCUGCCGUCCUCCCUGCCGUGCUCGCAAUGCCUCUCGAAUUCACCACUCAUCACCAACAUCCACCUUCCUCCUGUGUCAUCGCGGGCGUCGCUUAUCCACACCCUCCGCAUGCCCUCGUCCUCCUUGAAAGACGAGAACUUAGCCCUCCCGCUGGAGUAUCUGAGCGCGCUUUCAUUGAAUUCCUAGUUUUAUGUCACCAGUCCGAUCAUUCAUCCUCUAGCCCGCUCGUCGCUCGUCAGCAAGGUAGCUCCUUGCCUGGAGAUUUAGGGGAUCUGACAGGGAGUAAUAGCACGGCUGGCAUAGCCAAUCUAGUCGGAGGCGCUCCACAGAGUUCCUCGGCUACAGGUAAUCAGAGUGCUAGCUCUUCCGCAGCCAAGCCUUCGCCGACUCCCGCAGCUGCUACCUCACCUGCCCACUCUGUCGCUGGCUCCCCAUCCGCUGACUCCCCAGGGGAUACACCUUCAGAGACGCCUGAACUUGCAACUGGGCCCACGACAUCUGGAAACUCCACUGGUAGUCCCUCCGCAGGCAAUGACGCUCCCGGAAUUCUACCCAACUCCGCGGGGAGCUUUCCUUCUGAAAACAUAUCUGCGACCACGGAUAACAACGCUUCCCACGACGCGAGUGCAUCCGAGACACCACAGCCCGUCCCAUCUACGUCUGACACGCCCUCUGACACCGCGACACCCCAGAUUCUUACUUUCAACCUCGACAGCCCUCUCGGGAGCACCACCCUUAACCCGUCAUCCGCCAACUUUGACGACCCAUCUGACGGCCUUGACGAACCAGCAAUCGAUGUUGAUGGGGAACCCGUCGGCGAUGAAGAGCCACCGAUGUUGACGUACGAUGCGGCUGUGUCUAGACCUCGAGGGAUGUGA